AGACAAAAGUUCCGCCUGGAGUUUCAUUAUGCUCAAGUACUAUCCACACGGCGACCUCAAAAAUUACGUUGCAAAGAAUGGACGCUCUCUCACCAAGCAAUUGAAACGAUGGGCGCGACAGAUAAUCGAAGGAGUUGCAAAAGUUCACCGCAACGGUAUUCGACACUCGGAUCUGCGACUCGAUCAAUGGUCGGUGGAUGAAGACCUCAACGCUCGAUUGUGCGACUUCAACGCCUCUGGUUACGAUGCAAACAAGAGACUAGACUUGCCAGCUAGUAAAGCACUUGGUCUUGAGUCGUAUAGUCAUUAUAUGCCUCGUGAUCCAGAACUCGACAAUACGGACCUCUCGGAUCUUUUUGCGCUGGGCUCUGCAUUAUAUGAGCUCGAGGCUGGAGAAAAGCCUUUUGCUGGCGAAGAGGGCGAGAUCAUCACCGAGCAUUUCGAGGUAGGAAGAUAUCCAGAAGUAGACGCUUUGUCAUUCGGAGGCAUUACCGGCAAAUGUUGGAAGGGUGAAUUUGAGACUGCUUUGGACUUGCUACAUGCUGGCGAGAAGAGCUGCGGUUUGUAAGUGUUGCGCAUGGCACAGAACGCUCGGGGAAUGCUUAGCUUGCGUCACGGCUGGGCCGCCCGAUCUCCGGUCGCUCACACUUUCCUCUUCGAAGUUGAUUCUGUUGAAGGCAGCAUUGAGACGAGAAAUAAGAGUCGUCCCUGCCAAACUUUAAUUCAGGCAUUCGAAAUCUCCCCCACAUUCGUCUCCUUUCUCCCCAUAUCCAGCAGCUACCUCGAAGGUCAAAAAAAUCGAUUUGGAGCACAUGUCUACGCGGUCAUCU